AUGCUGAAGUAUCAACCAUUGUGGUCUUUUGUCCUUUUGCUGCGGUGUCGGUCAGAUGAUUUGGAGCUCAGCCUGAGUGCCGGUGUUUGUGAUGCUGCUGGAAAUUGCCAGCCAGAAGAACGGUUUCUUUUUGCUAGCUUCAAUUACAGGAAUGGCUUGGGUGAUCAGCGCCUUCUUUGGUUCCAGACUGCCUUGAAGCUUGCGCACUCGUUGCAUCGAACCUUAGUGCUUCCUCCAUUCUGGGUGCCUGAUACGGAUGGAGAUUCUUACCAGGAUGACAAUGCGCAUUUUGAGCCAUUUGAAAACUUAUACGAUCCCGGAGCGUUUGAGGCCUACAAUCCCUGGAUAUCCUAUUCAGAGUUUCGAAUGCGCACAAAUUCUACGAUGAGAAUUGUCUUUGUGUCUCCAAGAGAGGCAAAUCGUCACAGCAUUAAAUGUUCUUCUGGAGAGACAAUCAAAUCCCCUGGCUCGAUGACAAUCUUUGGAGACGAAUGGAGGUAUAAGAAGAUUCGAUGCCUGGAGACUCGUGAAUUGAUGGAACCAUUCAUGAGAAGCAAAGCCCAGGUUCUGGCACUAAACACUCGGAACAAUCAAGAGCUGCCUGGAUACAGAAUGGAGGUGCUUUCUCCAGGUGACUGCAAUACAACGCAAUGGCCAUUCAACAUGGCGUUCAACAAGACGCUUGUCAAUGCUGCGCAGUCCUUCAUGCAAAAAAUGCCGACUUCUUUCAUCGCUGUGCACUGGCGACACGGAACGAGUAUGCAUGUGGACUCAGACCAGCUGGUUCAGAAUGUGAAUGCAAUUUUGCAGAAGUAUACCUUCAAGCCGCAGCACGUCUUUCUUUCCACAAAUUGCCAGGAGACCAACGACCUGUUGCUGCUGGAGAAGCAGCUUGCUUUGCCCAUGUCCCAGUUCAAGGAUGAUGCCUUUGCUCCCUGGCAACGGGCAUUAAUAGAUAUCAUCAUUGCCAGCGAGGCACCUUACUUCAUUCCUUCAAGCUCCUCCAGCUCUUUUGCAAAGGUGUUUCAAAGAGAGAUGAAGCACAAACUGAUGGAACUAGGAAAGCUGAUUGACGUCAAAGAAGAUAUCAAUUUGGAACAGCAGGCAACGCAAUGCGAUGCUUUGAAGAAUGUACCCUUCUUCUCUGAUCCCAGCGAUGCUAUGCACGAGUUCGUAGCCGAGCUUGCUAUGAACACGUCCACGUACUGGUACAAGCCUGGCAAAGUGCUUGUGGAGGAAGGGGAUACAAACUGCGAGGAAAUGUUCAUUCUCCUGCGUGGGUCAUGUGAGGUAUAUUCCUGUGGUCAGCUACUGGGCAGGAUCGAGAACGAUGUCAUUGGAGAGAUUGGUGUUUUGGACCUGCUCGAGCGCCGUACCGCCACAGUGAAGACUGCCACAGCCUGCCAAUGCAUGAAGCUUUCUCGACAGGUGAUGGUUCCCAUUCUGGCAAAGUAUCCAGAAGCCAGACUUCGAAUGUUGGAGCUGGCCCGCCAACGCCUCACAUCCAUCAACGAGUCCAUCAAUGCACAGGAGGAAGAUGUCGCGGGAUCAACGCAAGACCUCUGUGGACGUUUGCCUGGGUGUGCAAUUGGCUUCGGACCACAUGUCAACUCUGUCAGCGGCCCGUACAAUGGAUUGUGCAAGUAG